AUGCCCACAGAAAAUGAAUGUGUUUGUUGCUUAGGAAACGACAACAUUGUAAUUGUAACAAAUGAAAAUUGCUGCAUCACAUUUCACGAUAGUUUUGAGAACAUUGUUUUGAAUAUAGAUUCACUUAACAUCGUAAGGCAUAAUUUGGUAUCACAGUGUAAAUCUAAAAUAUCAAAAGACAGAUACAAAAUUGUAACCAACAAACUUUGGCGCCAUUUGGCAUACAAAAACUUUAUUUCGUGGAUAAAUAGCUGGACCACAAUUGGAAGAAAUAACAGGAUUGUUAUACCAGCGUGUGUAGUAAGACAAGUAGGACAAAGAUUUCCAGAAGAAACAGGAUUCAAGGAAUUUGAAGACAUUUUAUAG